AUUUCAAAUGAUGCUUCACCCUGCGUGUUGUCCGCAUAGCUGCUGCACAAUACAAAAUCUCCUCCGAUGACCAUGAUCCCCCCGAGCGACACGGCCCUGGUUCAACCACCACCCAAUUUUAGUGGCUGCAAUGGGUGGUGAUGGUAUAGUUGAAGUUGUGGGUGGUAAAGGGUGCUCGAGGCUGUUUUCAUCUUCAUUCAGAGGUCUUCAACCAAUGGAGCCAGUGUCUCCUGCUUCAUCCUCUUCACGAGUUCGAUCAAGUGCUCCUUUUGCUGGUCUUGUUAUAUGUGUUACUGGUUUAUCUAAAGAAACAAGGAAUCAGGUCAGGGAAGCUACGGAGAGAUUAGGCGGCCAGUAUAGCUCCAAUCUGCAUCCCCAAUGUACCCACUUGGUGGUUCAAAGCUUUGGUGGACGCAAGUUGGAGCAUGCACUGAAGCAUGGAGCGAAAAAUGGUCUCCUUGUUGUCACACUUGGUUGGUUUGUGGAUAGUGUCAGGAAAAAUGUGAGGUUGACUGAAUCGCAUUAUAGUGUUAAGAGUUACGGGGAUAACAAUAUGCGCUUGGAUGAUUUUAAACUGCUUACUCGGUAUACAGAAGCUGAAAACUAUUGCCUUCCUGCAAGAAUCCAUGAAACCAAGCAUGCUCAUAGUGUUGAAGAAAUUCAAAGAUUCUCUGGGAGAGAGUCAACUUUGUCGGGAUGUUCCAUCUAUGUUGAUCCCGGCAUUUCAUCUGAAUUGUGCACCAAGGUUGUUGAGACUGCCUCAAGAGAAGGUGCUCGUUUGGUGGAACAAUGGUUUGUUGGCUGCAAUGUUAGUCAUGUAGUGACUGAAGGGACAUCCAUCCAAAGAUAUCUUGGAUACUCUAGUAACCUCGUUACACCUCUGUGGAUCCUCAAGACCGCUAAGGAGAAAAAUGUGCAAAGACUUGUUCACAUGUCUGCUGAUUUGGCAAAGCAAGUUGGUUUGAUGCUUGAAGACAUUAACAAUGGCAUUUCAGGGAAGGAAGUAAUAAAGCAAAAAGUCCAUGGUGAUCUUCAGGGCAGUAAAAGUGAAGUUAGUUACAAAGAAAGGCAACAAAUUGUAAAUUCGGCAAAAAUUGGAGUUAGAAACCGCCGUGGCCGUCGAAUGCAGACUUGUCAGACUCCAAUUCGUCCUAUAACACCCAACAAUCUCCUGGACUCCAUCAGCUGGUCGAUAUCCGAACCAACUUCAACUGCUUCUAUUUACACAGACUCUUUCAGUGUUGAAGAUCCCAGUGAAAAUUGCAAUUCAAUAUUUUUUGAAUCAAAAGGGGAUGGCAAGGAUUCAGAAGCUUCAUUUGCAAACUCCACUCGUCCUCUAACAGAAAGUGAGAAAUCUGAGUUGAUAUUUAAAAACCAUUUUCUUACUAUACUCUUCCCAAUAGACCGAUUUUCUGAGAUGGGUCCUUCUUCAAGAACAUUUUUCAGCCACAGCGGUUUUACUUGUCUUCAGGUGUUGGAUCAUAUCCAGGCAUUUUAUCAGGAGAACAUGUCAAGCCAGGAAAUAGAAGCAGCAAUUCACACUGACUCAAGACACGCUGAUAGGCUUCGAUCGGUGUACUCGAGUAAGGAAACAGCAGAACAUGGCUGUGUGAUGUUCAAACGGAUUGAAUUCAUAGGUAGUCGUACAAGUUUUGAAAUGUUGAAGCGUGUAGCCGGGGACAACAACUCCAACGUGUAUGAACUAUUACUUAGGGCGUAAAGGUACAUCACAUGUGUGUGUGCUGCAAGUUACACAAGCUAGUAACUGGCAACACCUAUUUUUUAAAAGGAUUAUCACUGUAAUAUGAAGAUGUAAAUGUUGUUGGUUUUGGAUAUGGAAAAAGAAAAAAGUAUAGUUGGUUUUGGGUGCUGAUUUCAUUAAUGUAUUAAUGUGUUUGUUUAUUAAUAUUA